AUGGACCCCGCGGACACAAGGGGCCCCCCUGAGCAAGAAGAGAAGAUCCUGGAGCUCAAGGAUUUGGCCAGGAAAAUUAUUCAUGCCACAAACGAACACAACCGGCUAAUGCACCCACCGCCACAGGCACUGCCUCGCUCCCAGGACCCGCCUUCGUCCAUCCUACUCACCUCUCCCACCUUGUCCUCGUCUUUGUCACCAUUUCGCGCACAGCCCGCUGCCUACCCGGACCUCUCUUGGCUGCCGGCUGAUGUGGAAAUCGUCGAUUCACCUCUGCUGGUCGACAUCCUGGAUGCCGAGAAUCGUGCCUCCCACUCCAACAGAAAGCGGAGGAAGCAGCGCACCCGGCAUCGUCACGCUCCCCCCCCGGUCGCUCUCGCCCCUUGGUUGAACCAGCUGCGUAAGGUCACUCAGGUGGGACUCGAUGGUGUGCGGCGGAUAGACUGGCACGACUAUGAGGCAAUGAAGAGAGAUGCUGCACGCAUUGGUAAUGGUGAACAGGGGAAACCAUUUCCUCUGACAGAAAAUGACAGAGUCGACCAAGCCUACAGGGAAAACGGCUUCAACAUUUAUGUCAGCAACCGGAUCUCUCUCAACCGCUCCCUCCCAGACAUCCGCCAUGAAAAUUGUAGACAGAAGCUGUAUGCAGAAAAGCUUCCCAACACCAGUAUUAUCAUCCCUUUCCAUAAUGAGGGCUGGUCAUCUCUGCUAAGGACUGUUCACAGUGUGCUCAACCGAUCUCCUCCGCAACUCAUCACAGAGAUCAUAUUGGUCGAUGACUUCAGCGACAAAGGUACAGUGAGAGCUUCUCAAAACUGUCAAAGUUUAUAG